GGGGCCUACAGACACACGAACAUGUAUUAAGACAUGAACGCACGGCGAUGUUUGCGCAGUGAUACCCGUCGAUCUACUUUUAGCUCCACACAUAGAGACUUGUGUGUCAGUUUUCUCCACGUCGAUGUUGUAGUUUGUCGCCAUGUCUAGCGAUGAUGAGUUAAACUUACUAGCAGUGGCGUGCGUUUGUAUUGUGAAAAAAAGAAAACAUCAAUUGAAAAAAAAGAGGUCAGCCACGAAGAAAAUGGGUUAAAGAUUGGCUUUUGAAGCGGGAUCAAUAUUCUCACAUCAAUUUACUUGAAGAGCUACGAUUAGAACCUGAUGAUUGGCGAAACUACCUCCGGAUGGAUGAAGAUAGUUAUAUAAAACUCCUAGAGAGGGUUUCGCCACUUAUUGAAAAACAGAACACACCGAUGAGACCCGCUAUAUCGGUACAUGAAAGACUGUCGGCCACAUUGAGGUAUUUGGCCACUGGGAGGAAUUAUGAAGAUUUAAAAUUUUCUACCCUGAUUUCUCCACAGUCAUUGUGCAACAUAAUUCCAGAGACAUGCAGCGCUAUUUAUGAAGUACUGAAGAAAGACUAUAUGAAGUUCCCAACGACCGAGAAUGAAUGGAGAAAUAUUGCAGACGACUUCGAAAAGAGAUGCAACUGUCCGAACUGCCUGGGGGCGGUAGAUGGAAAACAUGUCAAUAUAAAACCGCCCACCGGAAGUGGUUCAUAUUUUUAUAACUAUAAAGGGGCAUACAGCCUAGUGCUCUUGGCAGUGGUCAACGCAAAUUACGAGUUCAUUAUGUGUGAUUUCGGGAUCAACAGCCGCAUAUCUGAUGGAGGAGUUAUUGAGUACAGCCAGUUUUACCGGAAGCUUAAAGAUAGGAAACUCUCCAUACCACCUCCAACAAGAACAAUGAACAGUAAAGAAGCAUUGCCAUUUGUUUUUAUAAGUGAUGAAGCGUUUGCACUCCGCUGUGAUUUCUUGAAACCAUUUAGCCAGAGAGACUGGGAUCAUGAUAAGAAAAUUUUCAAUUAUCGUCUCUCAAGGGCAAGGAUGUAGAGUAGAGAAUGCUUUCGGUAUACUCCCUGCUCGAUUUAGAAUAUGCCACACAGCUAUAUCUAUUAACUUAAAAGCAAUUGACAAAGUAGUGAUGGCAUGUUGUGUUCUGCAUAAUUUUCUGAGAAGAAGAACUGCCACUGUGUAUGCACCUGAUAACAACUUAUACAGGGAGAACCAUGAAGAUGGCACUGUUGAAUUAGGCUUGCAACCCAAUCAGAUGACUAGUUUGCAACGGGGUAACAAUAGAAGAGCAAACAAGGAUGCACAAGAAGUUAGACAGUUAUUUCUGAACUACUUUAAUAAUGAGGGAUCCGUAGCUUGGCAGGAAAGAAUGAUUUGCUAAUUUAUGUAUUAU